AUGAAACUUUCCAUCACGAGAAAGGAUCCGUUGGGGCGCAAAGCUGAAGGGGUGUUACAUACCGCUAAUGGUAGUAGGGAUAAGCAUAACCCUUUGACCAAUUGCCUCAGAGGGCUACGGUUUCUGAAGAACGGUAAGACUGAUGAUCCGAAAAACAUUCCAAAAUUUCUAAGACACGAAACGAGAUUGGUAAGAGAAUUUUUUAUGGCGGGUCUGAUUGAUUCAGACGGCUGUGUGUUGGAGCAGGAGGGGACAUACAAGGUCGCCAUCAAAAGCGCCUUCCCCCCUGUAAAGGACGGAAUUGUGUUUAUUGCCCGAUCUUUGGGAUUGAAUUUAAGCGUAUUCUUCGAGCCCGAAAAGCAGCGGGAAAACUUCCAUCAAAGUGAUACUUGGACGGUUCAUUGGUUCGAAGGAAAUAACAAGGCUGUUUUCUGGCCAAUAAUAGCCAACUGUUCCUGUGAGAGGAAAAGAAAUCCGCAGGGAAAGGGCCAUUGUAAAUUCAUGUCGUGCUCUUCAUAUCAAGCACCAGAGCCCGUUGGAUUGAACCAGAUACCAGUAAGCUUCGACACGUGCAAAAUCGGAACCGGUCAGCUGUACGCCGUCUACCUCAAGGACCAUUCUGGCACUUUCAUCACCGAGGAGCAGAUGAUAUGCGGUAGCGCCUCUCUGAACAUUGUGCACCAUGAGAAAUCGGUGCUCCAGAGAUCCGAAUCUUACUUCAAAGAUGAAAAGAAUUUCUGUCUUUUCUGCUGCCGCGCUAGGAACAGCAGUUUCGAGCAAGUGCCAUUGGACUCCGCCUUACUUUGGUGCGACAACUGUAAUUUUCGCUAUCAAGUAACCGGGAUCAUCUGCACGAACGAGCGAUGUAGAACCAUCCCAUCCGAGGACGAAGCAAAGCGCAUUCGAGCGGCAGAAAACGCUGCAUGCUUGAUGUGCGGCUCCGCUGUAAAGAUGAUAGCGCUGAUUUACAGAAGAGGACAAGACAUCCCGGAUAUUGUGUCAACUGUGGGGCCACAGAAGCUUAAAUUAAAGUGGGAUAAGAAACGAAAGGAAAGGCUCUGCAAGAAUUGCCAUUAUGCGCAUUCGAAGACAGAUAAACAUUGCGUAAACUGUUGCAAAAUCUUCGAUAAAGUUGAGGUAGAGGAAUUAUUGAGCGACCAUUCUGGAAGGAAUCAACUUGAAAACGAAUUAAUACCUUGCAAACGUUGCAAAAUGCCUACUAAUAUAGGGGCAGCGGCCGAAAAUUAG